UUGGGUCGAUUGAGGGGAUUGUUGAAUCUUCUGGAUUAAGCAAAACCUUCAUCGGUAUAGUUUUGCUGCCUGUUAUUGGUAAUGCUGCCGAGUUUACGACGUCUAUUAAUGCCGCAGCAAGAAAUAAGAUGGAUUUUGCUGUCAAAAUUGCUGCUGGUAGUUCAAUGCAAAUUGCCCUUUUUAUUACGCCAUCCCUCGUAUUGUUUGGGUGGAUAAUAGGACAGGAUUUUACCUUACACUUCCAGUUAUUCGAAACUGUUGUUUUCUUUAUUUCGGUUUUGAUAACGAACUAUCUCAUUUUGGAUGGGAAAUCUAAUUGGUUGGAAGGUGCCAUGUUGCUAGCCACAUACGCCAUCAUAUCUUUAUCUUUCUUUCAUUAUCCCACUAAAUGA